GAGUGGUUCGGAUUCGUUUAGCGAGCUUGCUGAUAGGUUGAGAUAAGAGAAAGAACGGAUACUUGGAACCGCUUAAAUGUGAGAAAUGAAAUUUGCUGGCCGAGCUGGCUCGCAAGCCCGACAAGGCGAAACAUGAAGUCUUUGUUUUGAUUUCUGUCUUGUAGCGUCGUGUACCAGUUCAUAUUUGAGUGAGCGAAAUAGCUUUAGAACAACUGAUCAUCAGCCUUAGGAAACUAUUAAACGUUAUUUUCGCUGAGAUUUCCUUCAAUUUUGAAUCAGAGAAGAUUCUAUCACUCCAACAAACGGAGUAGAUGCCUAGAUGCCGCUAUUCCCAUUGCGCUAGUCAGUACUAAGUAAAACUUGACGAUCAGACCCAUGCUUGCUCCGAACGCCCAUCUCAUUCCUCCACUUACAAACAUGGGCUUGUUCCCUCAGCAAAGCGACUGCAGUGCUGUCUACAAUCCAGUUAAUACGUAAAAAAAUGCUGACAAUUCCCACGUAAGUUUCUUUUCUCUUUUACCGUCUUUCUGGCAAUUUAAGGGAAAUUUAUCUCUUUCCCAUAUCUGAUAUCAUUUUUGCCUCCGAACGGGAACGGGAAUCGUUUUCACGCCGUGUAAGAUUUUACUUGUCACUUUCGCCGCACCCUUACGUCUUACUUUUUCCCUCGUAUAUUGAUAUUCUCAGCCUUUCACCUGUUGAGUCAGUCUCCGGACACUCUUUAUUAUCUGGCUUUCUAUCAUCCCAUAAACUGAGGGACAACCUUCAUCGAUAUUUCAUUCUCGCACUAUCGCCACCAUGAAUUUCCUUCUUAUGCUUCUCCCUCGAAACAAACUCGAUAGAUUUGCGGAUUGCACAGUUGACACAUGCCCGAUCUCUACAUCAUAUUAUUUUUAUCGUGUAUCAAUAGGCGCAAACGCGGCUUUUCUCGCUCUUUUUAGCAUUUCAUUCCUUGGAUUUGUCUUUACAUAUGCAUUCACUCGUCGCGCAACCGCCUUCACAUUCGCUAUGUGCGCCGGUGUUAUACUUGAAGUAAUCGGCUAUGCGGGUCGCAUAAUGAGUUGGGAGAAUCAAUGGAAACAAGAUGGAUUCUUAAUGCAGAUCGUUUGCCUAACAAUCGCGCCGGCAUUUAUGGCGGGAGGAAUUUAUUUGUGCUUGAGAAGAAUCGUAUAUGCUUUUGGACCGGAAAAUUCAAGGAUUAGUCCUGAAGCCUAUACCAGAAUUUUUAUUCCAUGUGAUCUUAUGUCACUUCUCCUGCAAGCUGCAGGUGGUGGUUUGGCAUCCGCAGCCUCACACUCCGGCAAAUCUCCAGAUACCGGUGAUAACAUCAUGGUAGCUGGUCUCGCGUUCCAAGUUUUCACGCUAUUCAUUUUCAUGAUCCUCUGUGUCGAUUUCGCAAUACGCACACGCUCCCGAUACCGCUCCCUCGGUACCGCCGCAUUCGAUCAAAAUCCCGCUUUCAUAACACUUCGCUCUUCUAAAGGGUUUAAGGGGUUUUUGAUCGCUCUUGCCCUUGCUACAAUUUGUAUCUUCUGGAGAUCUGUAUACAGAGUCGCGGAAUUAGCGGAAGGAUGGACUGGAAAUCUUAUCAAGAAACAAAAUCUAUUCAUCGGAUUCGAAGGGGUUAUGGUUAUUGUGGCCUGUUUCGCACUAAACCUAUUUAACCCUGCCAUUACCUUCAAGGAAGCAAUGACUGGGUUGGGUGGUUUAGGUACGAAGAAGAAGAUGAAGAAGUCAGGAGAAGGGACCAGUGAAGGGGUCAGUGGCAGCAACAGCGAUCUUGAGGCUGUUAAGGUAGCCCCUGUUUAGAUUGUCUGUGCGAUUUGACUUAGCAACAGUUUGGGAAUGUGUUUACGAAUGACAUCUCAUACCAUUUUACGAGCGUUCAUAGUUUUCUUCUAGAUAGCAUACGUAGAUUAGAAAUAUAUUUAUAUUGAUUGAGGGUUUGUA